UUUGUUUGUAUAUUAUGUGCAUGUCAAGAUGUACAAAGCACAAUCGAAAAUAUAUAAUCAUGAAAAAUUAAUUCUGUAACUGUUUAUUUUCAUAAAACGUUUCCUUCUUGAUUUUUUGUAUUCUCUGAAGGAAAAGGAAGAUUAUACAUAUAAUAAAAUAUAUUUCGUAGAAAUGCUUUUAUAAUUUGGAGGCUAUACAUUAGAAACAUUACAACACUAUGUAAUUUAGAAAAGAAGUCAAUAAACAAAACAAUUACUAAUAACAUAAUUGUGAAUGUGUAAUAACAUGUUUAGAUUGUAAUAAUAUUUUUGAUGUUAGUACAAUAAAAAAUAUCAAGUUUAAAGAAGGGUUUGGUUAGAUCUAUUACGUAUUCAUUGAUAUAUAUAUAAAAAUUCUACAAAUAUCUAAAUUUAAUAACAACAAGAAAAUAAAUUUUGAUUAAAUUAAUGAAUUUCUCAGGAUGACUGAAAAGUCUGGAUGUGGUGAAUUGCAACAAUUGGUUCAAGAAGAAGAAUGUGAAGAACCAUUAAGUCAAGGUGGAGAAGCUACACCACCUUCCACACCAGCAAGAUCUCAUCAUCCAAGUAAAAAUGAUACACAUAGUUCUCAUAUAUCGCAACAAGUAUUAUGGGAAACUAAUGUACAAACAUCACCAAUUAUUAGUAAAGGAAGUUCUGGUCAGGCAACAAGUCAAGGAUCUAUGGUUUCUGGCCGUGCUGUGAAUCUUUCAAAUCAUGGUAAUCAGUCACGUCUAAUGUAUAUGAAUGAAAAGGAAAAGCAAAAACCAAAUCGGCCAGAAUUACCAAAAAUAAAUCGUCAACAUAGAGCUAUGGCACCAUGCAAACAUCAUUGCUUUUUGUCAGAGGUUCCUGAUGUUCGUCGUAUGGAACAAGCUUUAUUACAACUUUUGGAAGAUUUCCAUAGUGGUAAUUUACGAGCAUUUGGAAAGGAUUGUAGUAUGGAACAAAUGACAGAAAUAAGAGAGCAACAAGAGCAAUUAGCUAAACUUCAUUUUGAGUUAGGUCAAAGGCAAGGAAUUGGUGGAGAACAAUCAGGUUUACGACAUUCAAGUGCUAAUAUGAAUAAUUUGUUGGAAUGUCUUCAAGAGCUUAGUGUUUGCAUUGAAAAAUUACAUAGCAAGUAAUUAUAAAAGUAAUUGUGAAAAUUAAUUAAUAUAAAAGAUAGAAUAUAAUGAAAAUUUAUGUACUUUAUAGAAUGUUUUCACAUUUUGGAAAUAUUUCACAAUACUGUUUUUAUAUAACCAUACAUUUAACUUUCCCAACAGUGAAAUAAUUAUAUUUCUUGAUUACAAUGUUUUUAUUUAAUUUAGAAGUUCCUCUUAUUAUUUUUGUAAAUUUAGUUUUAUCAAAUUCUUUGUAAAAUGUAGAUGUAUAGUAGUAACUAUUUAAUAAUAUUUAAUAAAUGAUAAAAAGUAAAUCACUAUGAAGUAGUUAUAUAAUCUAGUGAAAUUGCAUAUUUAUGUUUAAUUAUCUAUGCCAAACAUUUUUUUAUAGAAAUAUUUCAUUUCAUUUUACUAAACAUUUUAACAAAUUUAUAUCAGUGCUUAUAUUUAUGUAAUACUCUAAAACUGUAAUUUGUCUAUUUAAUAAAGUGACGUAAGU